AUGGUCGAUUUCGGAACAGGAGAGAGAAUCAACAGGUUCGUUUGUCCUAACGACAGGCAAUUAGCUUUGAGAGCCAAAUUAAAUACAGGAUGGAGUGUCAAGACGGCGACCCUCGGAUACAGCCAUAAAGUACCGCAAUCUUCGCCAUUGGCUGCGGAAGAACAAGAAGCUAUUGUCCAAGUCAUACAGAGAGCUGAGCAGUUAGAUAUGUCUGAACAGCAAAGGAUUGGAAAACUAGUGGAAAAAUUGGAUAGCAUGAGAAGAAACGCUUUAGGAAAGAAUGCAGCUCAGUGUUUACUGUGCGGCGAUAAUUUUGGUAUACUGGGUGCUCAAAAAAUCGUGUGUAUGGACUGUAGAAGACUCGCUUGUACUAAAUGUUCUAUAGAUACAUUAGCUGGAAGAGGACCAAGACACGCGUACCAGCCCCAGUCGAAGAAACCCCAACUGCUAGUGAGCCUUUUGUUUUUGACCAAAAGAAGUAAAGUUAAAGUGAAAAGACUGUUUGUUUCUAGUACCGCUGCUAGGGAGCACUGGCUAUGUAUGAUCUGCGCGGAAACUAGGGAGAUGUGGAAGAAAUCUGGAGCAUGGUUCUACAAAAGUAUUCCGAAAUACGUUCUUCCAGUAGAUAAUUCUAGGUUUAAGAGAAGCAAAAGCGUUAGAGCUUCCAGGAGGUAUAAAGACGAUGACAGCAGUUCUGAUGAAGAGAGAAGAUUGUGGGGAAGGAGGAAGAGGGCGAAUUCUAGUACAGAAAGUGCAUUAGAUGCUAUAGAACAGGAUCAACACAAUUACCAUAAUAACCUUCCUGGAUAUAAUUAUAGUCGGCAGAAUAGCUCCGGAGAAUCGCAAGUCUCCAGAGAAAUGGAUUCCUUGAAGACACAAGUGAGUUCGAUGACCCUGAACGAGACAAAAAGUUGGGAAGAGGCUGGAAGCGAUAGCCGUCAGGAUAUGGAAGGUUCUCAACUAUCGAGGAGAGAUUCAAUGGCAACGAAAUCUCUAUCAGAUUGGAAUAAUUGGUCACCAGAUAAUAGAACUGAAGAUAAAAUAUCGCCUAGUACUUCUAGUAUUAACAGCAGUAUUUUUAAGACUACCAACGAAGAAAAGGCAAUUGACACCUCAAUGGGUGUUAUAGAACUUUCUCUGACCUAUGACCAAGAGACCAAUACCUUACACUGUACAGUAUAUCGGGCUAAAAAUUUGAUUUCAAUGGAUAUGGCCGGUUUGUCAGAUCCUUUUUGCAAGCUGAACAUCCUGCCGAACGCCAAGAUGUCGACUAGAUUAAGGACUAAAACGGUGCACAAAACAAGGAAUCCGGAAUUCAACGAAAAUCUGACCUUUUACGAUAUCAGCGAAAGCGACCUGAUGAAAAAGUCCUUGCAUAUCCUUGUUGUCGACGAUGAUAAAUACGGCCACGAUUAUAUGGGGGAAACGAGAAUGAAAUUGGCAAAGUUGAAGUAUCAAAACACGAUUUAUUUGACUGUACCACUGGAAAACUUACGAGCUGAACAGAAAGGUCCAGUACCAACGACAGAGUUGACAGAGUGGUUCGACGAUUUGUGGUCCAGGGGCCAAAUCCUUUUGGGUCUGUGUUACAAUACGAAGAAAAGGGCUCUUGUAGUUUCCGUAGUAAGAUGUGUUAAUUUGCUGCCAAUGGAUAAUAAUGGUUUAUCUGAUCCAUUUGUUAAAUUGCAGUUGAAACCCGAUCCGAAUCAUAAAAAACACAAAACGUCGAUAAAAUGGAAGAACCUUAAUCCGGUGUUUAACGAGGAAUUUGCGUUUGAAACCAGACCAACCGAGUUGAGUACUCAAAGCCUCUAUAUAACCGUUUACGACAAGGAUUACGGCAAGAGUAACGACUACUUAGGAGGGCUCAUAUUAGGUGGAACUGGCUCUAAAGGUCUUCGCCUUAAACAUUGGAUGGACAUGAUACGGUAUCCCGACCACAGACACGAACAGUGGCAUAAUCUAACCGAGGAUAUUCUAGAAUAA